AUGGCUGAGUUCAGUCCCGAACCUCAGACAUCCCCAGCGGAUUCCAGUCCGGCCUCCCCAACAUUCAUUAAACCGACAAGCUCAGUACAGGAAUCAUCCAAAGUCAGGGCCCGGGAAGACUUCGAGGAGUCCUCGCGACCUGGAAAGAGACCGAGACUAGAGAGCCCAUUGAUGACGGCUGCUGCCGCCCUUGCUGAAGGACAACAGAAGUCGUUUCGAACAACUCCUCCACCUUCCACUGGGACAAGUCCUAACCCUACACAGCAAGCCCUGAGUGCCCUGAUGGGCGCGAGUUCAAACAUUACGAGCAAGGCUGAGCUACACUCGGGUGCUCCCUUCAACCCGGCAACCACUAUCAGUGAGCCGCUGGCCGUAGUUGCGGAGAAUGUCCAGCAGCCGUCAGCAAGCGCCGCUGAAACGUCCGGAACCGGCGAUAAUCAUGCAUUAACCAGUCCAACCAGCAUCUCCAGUAUCGGGACCGUAGGAUCUCUCGAAGGCGUGGCGGGAGUGUCGGGGAUGACCACCACUGUAGGCAGUCCACUUCCGCUCGAGGAAACGGUCCGUCAGGUCGUGAAUGCCGCCGAGGCAGGCUCUACCUCACCAACUGAUGUUGCAAAAACAGGGGCGCUGUCAUACCCGACUCCGUUCUUGCAAGCAACACAAUCCGAGGGCGGUAGACGAGGAAUGAGCUUGCCUCAUUCCGGCACACGACAAGGUACAAAAUCUCCCUCCAGCAAAAAGCACAGAUGCCCCUAUUGCGCCACCGAGUUCACUCGUCAUCACAAUCUGAAGAGCCAUCUGUUAACGCAUAGCCAAGAAAAACCCUACGUCUGCUCGACCUGCUCAUCACGAUUCCGCCGGCUACAUGAUCUCAAGCGGCACACCAAGCUUCAUACCGGUGAACGACCUCACAUCUGCCCGAAAUGCGGCCGCAAGUUCGCUCGCGGCGAUGCGUUGGCUCGUCACAAUAAAGGUCCCGGCGGAUGUCCUGGGCGCAGAGCGAGCAUGGGUAGUUAUGGUGGUGAUGAAGAAGGCGAAGGUGACGAGUCUAUGGAGGGUAUCAUGUAUGACGAGCCACCCAACAUGGACGAUGAAGAAGGCAACGAGAGGCGGCCCACACCUUCGAUUCGUCGUCAGGCACCGUCAGGAGACGACACUGUUGAUGAAUCCGAGGCCGCGGCCCGGAUUCCAAGCACGUACCCUCCGAUUCAAGGGCGUCCUCCAGGCGGCAUAGCCGCUGGCUAUUUCACACCUCGGUCCGGGUACAGUCAAUCAAGUGCGGGACCCAGUAAUGCUCCGGUAGCGGCAGGUGCAGCCGGAACCUUCGCAUCUAUGACUGCUUCCUCCACCAGUUCGCGGCCCUCGGCGGCAGGCUCCGUCUUUGCUCAGAAUCCAAUGACCGAAAGUCCGAAACCGCUGUCACCUGGCCAGGCACAGCGACCGGGUGCCGUCGCCGGCGAUGGGCACAAUCGAUCACCAAGUACGACGUUCUAUCCACAGCCACAUCCUCGGAGUACUGGUUCUGGAUCGUCCUUGAGUGUGCCUCCCGGUGCACCGCAAUUGCCUCCUCCUCAUGCGCCUCAUGCGCUGAACCCUCCAGAUCCCAGGUAUACCUUGCCCAGUCAAGGUGGCCCAGCUCAUCCUCCUACCCAGCCUAGUGGGCCACCUACUCACAUGAGUGGUAGCGGGCCUCUGUCUUCGCAUAGCAACAGUUUGUCGAGUCACGGUCAUUCUGGCCAUGGAAGUGGUGAACCGUCAAAUCCCAUGUUUGCCCAAUCUGACAGGAUCUGGGCAUACGUGACCACCCUGGAACAGAGGCUCAAUAGCAUGCAGGAGGAGAUCAAUUCUUUGAAACAUCAGCUUGCCAGUGCUACUCAACACCAGCAGCAGCAAAGGAUAUAG